UAAAAGGUAAAAUUAUUCACUUCAAAUUGCAACUCCGCUAAUUUUAACAUUUAUGUACUAUUAUGUAUAUAAUCAAAAUUUUAUUUAUAUGUAUAUCACAUCGAACGAUAAUGGUAGAUAAAGGUAAUGGCAGAUGAAAAUAUGGUUCAGAACGCAGUGCGGCCAAAGGAAAAUCAAGGAGACGAUAAAAACGGAUGGGAAAAUGAAGAAGAUGAAGAAAAUUGUAAUGAUGCUGAAUUUGAAGCUAUAAAUGCUCAAUUAGAUCAGCUUAAUUCAGUUUUGGAUAACCUCGAACAAAAAAAUGACGAUAUUCGUGCAGAAUUGAUUCAGUUAUUACAAUCAAAUCGAGAAGCAAGAAAACAAUUUCAAGAAUUCCAGAAUUCCGUGAAAUCGGAUUUAUAAUAUUUUGUUUGAAAUAGAUGAUAAUAUAUUGUAAAUACAUAUAUUGAAUAAUAAAACAGUAUGACAUUAUA